CAGGGCACCCCGUCCUCCAGUGACCACUCGGCUGGGCUGCCCCUCGGAGCUCGCGUGCCUGCGGACUAGAGGGCGAGUUUGAGGCGGGGGAGUCCUCGGGCCAUGGCGGGAGGCCUGGUCGGGUGCGAGCUGCGGCCUCGACGGGGCCGCUGCGGGCUUCAGGCUUCCAGGGCCGCAGAUCGGGACGUGGCCGCCGAGGCCGCAGCGCGAAUCCCCAAACCUCCUGCUCAGAGCCGGCGGCGCUUGGAGGCAGCCGGCCGGUGGGCCUUGCUGACUCUGGUGACGCUGCUGUCCUUCGCCACCCGCUUCCACCGUCUGGACGAGCCUCCGCACGUCUGUUGGGAUGAGACUCACUUUGGAAAAAUGGGAAGUUACUAUAUCAACCGCACCUUCUUCUUUGAUGUGCACCCACCUCUGGGAAAGAUGCUGAUAGGUCUUGCUGGCUACCUGAGCGGAUAUGAUGGUACCUUUUCAUUCCAGAAGCCUGGGGACAAAUAUGAGCAUCACAGCUACAUGGGAAUGAGAGGAUUCUGUGCAUUCCUUGGCUCCUGGCUGAUUCCCUUUGCCUACCUCACGGUCUUGGAUCUGUCCCAGUCCCUCCCAGCAGCAGUACUCUCUGCUGCCCUUCUCAUCUUUGACACAGGAUGCCUCACUCUAUCCCAGUACAUCCUCCUUGACCCCAUCCUGAUGUUCUUCAUCAUGGCUGCCAUGCUGAGCAUGGUCAAGUACAACUCCUAUGCGGACAGGCCUUUCUCUGCCCCCUGGUGGUUCUGGCUCAGCCUGACUGGCAUCAGUCUUGCUGGAGCUUUAGGGGUCAAGUUUGUUGGCCUCUUUAUCAUCCUGCACGUGGGGUUGAACACCAUUUCAGACCUAUGGCACCUGUUUGGAGACCUCAGUCUUUCACUGGUGACUGUGGGAAAACACUUGACUGCUCGCAUCCUGUGUCUCAUAGUGCUGCCCUUGGUGCUCUAUGUGGCCAUUUUUGCUGUUCAUAUCACGGUGCUGAACAAAAGUGGUCCUGGAGAUGGUUUCUUCAGUUCUGCCUUCCAGGCGCGGCUCUCAGGGAACAACCUUCACAAUGCUUCCAUUCCUGAACACCUGGCCUAUGGCUCUGUGAUCACUGUUAAGAACCUCCGGAUGGCCAUCGGCUACCUGCAUUCCCAUAGGCACCUCUACCCUGAGGGCAUUGGUGCCCGCCAGCAGCAGGUUACCACCUAUUUGCACAAGGACUACAACAACAUGUGGAUUAUCAAGAAGCAUAAUACAAACUCAGAUCCACUAGACCCUUCUCUCCCAGUGGAGUUUGUAAGACAUGGAGACAUCAUUCGACUAGAACACAGAGAGACUUCUCGAAACUUGCACAGUCACCAUCAUGAGGCCCCUCUGACCCGGAAGCACUAUCAGGUCACUGGCUAUGGCAUAAAUGGCACAGGAGACUCAAAUGAUUUCUGGCGGAUUGAGGUUGUAAACAGAAAAUUUGGGAACCGGAUCAAAGUGUUGAGAAGUCGAAUUCGCCUUAUCCAUCUGGGCACGGGUUGUGUCCUGGGAUCCUCAGGAAAAGUUCUUCCCAAAUGGGGCUGGGAGCAGUUGGAAGUUACUUGCACUCCAUACCUAAAAGAAACCCUCAGCUCCAUAUGGAAUGUGGAAGACCAUAUCAAUCCCAAACUGCCAAACAUCAGCUUGGAUGUGCUGCAGCCCAGUUUUCCUGAGAUCUUGCUGGAGUCGCACAUGAUCAUGAUGCUGGGGAACAAUGGCCUUAAACCUAAGGACAAUGAGUUCACAUCUAAACCCUGGCACUGGCCUAUCAACUAUCAGGGCCUGCGCUUCUCAGGGGCCAAUGACACAGACUUGCGAGUCUACCUACUUGGCAACCCGGUAGUCUGGUGGCUGAAUCUGGUGAGCAUUGCCCUUUACCUCAUCUUGGGGAGCAUCAUUGCCAUUGCCAUGCAGAGAGGGGUGCAGCUGCCCAAGGAGCUGGAAGGGCAAAUCCAGGUGCUGCUGCGAGGAGGUGGCCAGAUGCUGCUUGGCUGGGUGCUCCAUUACUUCCCAUUCUUUCUGAUGGGCCGGAUCCUCUACUUCCACCACUACUUCCCAGCCAUGCUCUUCUCCAGCAUGUUGACAGGCAUCCUGUGGGACAGCCUCCUGCGACUCUGUGCCUGGGCCUUGGCCUCCUCUCCCCUGGCCAGGGGCAUCCACCCCAUGGGAGUGCUGAGCCUGCUUCUGGUAACUGCCUACAGUUUCUACCUCUUCCACCCUCUGGCUUAUGGGAUGGUUGGUCCCUUAGCCCAGGACCCUGAAAGUCCAAUGGCAGGACUAAGGUGGCUGGAAUCAUGGGACUUUUGAGGCCACUGCAAAGGACCGAGGUCUGGUUCCAGGAACUCUCUGAAGAGAGCCAGUGCAGAGCCAAGUUCUGGACUCUGUCGCUUCAGGUUGUUGUCUGAGGAGCCCAAAGCAUCAUCGGCCCAGGAUCAAGCUGUCGGGGCAAAGCUAGAUUUCACUUAACACUAACGAGCUGCAGCUCUGUCUGCAGUACCUGCAAAGGACUGUGUCUCUUGGACCUAAUUCUCUAAGUGUGCAAUAUGAAAAAGGAUGAGUGUGGGAAGGAACAUGUGUCCAGUUCCCUGUGGAAUACAGAGUAACUGGACAGCCGAGAAGCAUAAAUACGAGAAGUCCAUCCAGGGCUGCUGUAAGAUUUCCUGGUAUUUUUCUCAUUAGAUUUGGCUUGGUUUGAAGUUCUCUGACUUCUAAGAGGGUCUCGUGGGCUGGGAGUGCUGGCUCUGUGUGUGCUGAGGGCCCAGCUUGGGUGGGCCAAGCCACAUUUCCCUUCUUCCCAUAAACAGGCAGACUCCUCAAAUUCCCUGUGUGGACACAGGUCAGCUGGGCUUCUGGCCCACCGUGCACAUAGAGCACCAGGCUCUGGAACACCUCACCUGCCUGUGGUUGGCUCUGCCCUAGGCCUUGGGUACUUCUCCUCUAGCACACUGAGGUUGGUGGGGAGAACCGUGUUCUGUCCCUGGCUACUCUGUUCCCAGGCCCUGUGUGCCAGAGACCAUACUCCAGCCUGGCCGUGAGCACUGAGACAGGUGCGCUCUCCUGCUGGCGGGGAGAGCUGUUGGGGAGCCUUCUCAGCAGCUCACACAGAGAGGAGCUGGAGUGGGGAGCCUUGCGUGAGCUGAGAUUCCCGUGGGAGGUCCAGAUGUGGAGUGCUCAGCCUGUUAGGGCCAGUGUUCCUUCCUCUGCUGGAUGUUUUGGUUUUAUCUUUGUAGUCCUGCCCAGAUGACACCCUCUGUAGCUUCAUGGGGUUCCCCUUUCUCUUUGUCACUGCUUCACUAGUUUCUUUUGCCCCAAGACCCCAAUAAACAUCUAGAAACACAUGGCAGCUUCUACAGUCUGCCACAUUGAGCUCAGAGCUCAAAGCUGCUUCCACUUCUUCUCCCAGGGGGAUUAAGAAAACUUUGGGGUCAGGACCAAACCACCCCAAGGCCAGCCUUUUAGCAUGCCUGCCUCCUCUCAGUUCAGGACAAAAUGUUUAUUUGAUCUCAGAAGACUUUGAUGCUUCACGGUUUAAUAAUGACUCUGCCACUCUCCAUCUUCCCUCCACUGUAGCUCCCAACCACUCUGACAGGGUCACAGCUCUUUAAAGCAUCUUCAGGAGGUGGUUGCCACGGAGACUGGUAAUUGGUCUCAGGGACAGGCUGUGCUACCUACAGAGUGGUGAGGAGGGAAGCUUCUGGGCUCUACUUGACCGUUCAGACCAACAUCAUUAAUGUUAAUAGAGGAAAUGCAGCCAUGUCAAAAGCAAGACAGGGUGGUUAAUUAGAUCUGAGGCCCACUGACCUCCCUUUCCCAGGGCUGUAGCCCUUUUGACUUCCCCCAGCAGGAAGCUCAGCCUGUGCCCUGAGUCUGGGCUGCCUGCUUAAUUGCAUUUCUGGCAGGAAUAAAGGAACUGUAUCCUGACUCUCCCUCUUUUCCUCUCCUGCAGGCAGAGCUAGUUUCUGCUGUUCUUGAAUGGGUCACUGUCUAGGUGGGCCUUUCUGGAGGUAGGAUGCAGGGAUCUGCUUGGCUCUUAACAAAGGUGUCCUAUGAUGACAAGCCCGUAUCUUCUUACUUCCCAAGAGGAACUUGUUUGAAGGGAGACACUGUGAAGGAGCCCAGGAGCAUCCCUUAAGCGAGGAUGAAGAUGGAGUGAGCUUAGCUAAACCAUCUGUCCAAUCCUCUCCUAAUAUGACCACCUCAAGGACAAAAGUUGCCUUCUCUCCCUGCUUCUCUGGGAUGGAGGACGGAGACCUCCCACCUACUCCCUCUGCUUCCAUGCCAAGCUGACAGACUUCCCUGGGGACAGAGCUACCCGGGGUGCCAUCCACAGCCCAGGUUCUGUUUGGAAGGUGCUGGAAACAAUAGCCAUGGCUA